CACUUUUGUUAUUGAUAAUGAGUUGGUUGUUAACAAAUAAAUACUGGAAACUAAACAAGAUUUUGAACUAACGUUUGCAUUGUUAUUGUUCAUACGUGUAAAAACUACGACCUGCUUAUAGUAAAGUAGCAAAAUGUCAACAAAAGUAGCGGUAGUGACUGGCUCUAAUAAAGGAAUAGGAUUCGCAAUCGUUCGAGGUUUGUGUAAACAUUUCAAAGGUGUUGUUUAUCUAACAUCGAGGGACGUAAAUAGGGGGAGAACCGCCGUAGCCACCCUCAACCAAGAAGAUCUGCACCCUAAUUACCAUCAGUUGGACAUCACAGAUCCUAAAAGCAUUGAAACAUUCCGUGAUUACUUGAAAGCCAAUUACGGGGGGAUUGAUUUACUCGUUAACAAUGCAGCGAUCGCUUUUAAACAAAACUCAACUGAGCCGGUCGCAGUUCAAGCCGAACAAACUCUUUUUGUGAACUACUUUUCAGUAUUAGCAACGUGUGAAAUAUUGUUUCCAAUUUUGAGAAACGGAGCUCGAGUUGUAAACAUAUCGAGUUCAGCCGGCCGAUUGAAUAACAUUCCAAGUGAGGCAUUAAGGAAUCGCUUGAAGGAUCCAAAAUUAACAAUACCGGAGCUCUCUGCACUUAUGAAACAAUAUGUAGAAGCUGCUAAGCAAGGAACACAUGCAGCAGAAUGGGGGAAUUCAUCUUAUGUAGUUUCUAAAGUUGGAUUAACAGCUCUGACAAAGAUUCAACAGAGAAAUCUUGAGGAAAGGGAUAUUAAAGUGAAUGCUGUUCACCCUGGUUAUGUGGAUACUGACAUGACUUCCCACAAGGGACCACUCACCAUUGAUGAAGGUGCUGUUGGAGCACUUUUCUUGGCACUGGAAGCACCAGAUUCUGUUAAAGGACAAUAUGUGUGGUAUGACAAGAGGAUUGUUGAGUGGGAUGGUGCAAACCCCAACUAAAUAUUGAAAUGUGCUGUUAUGGUAAUUCUUUUAUAAGCCUGAUGUUUAUAUUGUGAUAAUAAUAUAUUAUUGAUUAUAUUUUUCUACUUAUCAUUC